AUGGACGAGAAAGCCAAUAUGGAAGCUAUCGACACCCGCACCUCCAGUCGUGAGGAGGCGGGUUAUAGCCACGUCCUUAAAGGGGAGCAUCUGGUUGCGAACGCGAAAUCCGCGGUCGAGGCUGAGCACAGCAUGGGUAUUCGCAAGGCCCUCAAAGCUUAUCCGAAGGCCAUUUUCUGGUGUCUGGCUGUCUCCAUGUGUGUAAUCAUGGAAGGCUACGAUACAAUCCUCAUCGGCAACUUCUACGCCUAUCCCGAAUUUGCGCGCAAGUACGGCCAACAGGUUCAGACAGACGACGGAUUAGAGUACCAACUGACGGCACCAUGGCAAGCCGGUCUCGGCAACGCGUCCGGUAUUGGAGCUUUCUUCGGCACCCUGCUCAAUGGUUAUCUCGUCGCAAAAUUCGGACAAGUGCGUGUGCUAGUAGCGUCACUUAUCACACUCAGCGCCUUCAUCUUCAUCGUCUUCUUCGCGGUGAAUAUCGAGAUGCUGCUCGUUGGCCAGCUUCUCUGCGGCCUUCCUUGGGGUGUUUUCGCGACUACCGCUCCAGCCUAUGCCUCCGAAGUCGUGCCGCUUUCUCUCCGCGUCUAUUUGACCAGCUGGACCAAUAUGUGCUUCAUUAUCGGCCAGUUGAUCGCCGCAGGUGUACUCGCGGGCCUGGUUCAGAUUGAAAACCAGUGGUCUUACCGCAUUCCGUUCGCGAUCCAGUGGGUCUGGCCUGUCUUUCUCAUCCCGCUCCUCUGCUUUGCUCCCGAGUCACCAUGGCACCUGGUCCGUCACCACCGCCUUGAGGAGGCCGAAAAGUCUCUUAGCCGCCUGCAAUCCAAGUCCGCCAACAUCGACACCAAAGAGACUCUAGCGACCAUCGUGCACACCAACGAUCUCGAGGAGCAGCUCUCCGUCGGAACGUCCUACUGGGAUUGCUUCAAGGGCUUCGAACGCCGGCGAACUGAGAUCGCUUGUGUCGCAUUCGCCGGCCAGGUCCUUUCCGGUUCCUCCUUUGCCUACAACAGCACCUACUUCUUCCAGCAGGUUGGCCUAACCACCUCCCAAACCUACAAUCUGAACGUCGGCGGCACCGGUCUCGCUCUUGUUGGAACACUCAUCUCCUGGUUCUGCUUGAUGCCCUACUUCGGCAGGCGCACAAUCUACCUUUGGGGCAUGGGUACGAUGUCUUUGAUCCUCUGUAUCAUUGGCUUUCUCAACGUUCGGACCUACGAGUCAUCAUACGGCAUGGCGCAAGCCGUGCUUACGCUUGCCUGGACCUUCACCUUCCAGCUCUCCAUCGGACAGCUCGGCUGGGCGCUGCCCGCCGAGAUGGGCUCGACGCGCCUGCGCCAGAAGACGGUCUGCCUCGCCCGAAACGCAUACUACAUCUGCGGCGUCAUCUCCAACGUUCUGCAGCCCUACUUCAUGAAUCCAACCCAAUGGAAUGCGCGCGGCUAUACGGGCUUCUUCUGGGGCGGGACUGCUUUCCUCACCUUUGUCUGGGCGUACUUCCGGCUGCCGGAGACAAAGGGCAGGACAUAUGAUGAGCUGGAUGUGCUGUUUGCGAAGGAGGUGUCUGCAAGGAAGUUCAAACAUACCAACGUGGAUUCUUUCAAUAGCGAGGAGACUAGGAGGUUGAGUGUUGCGGUAGCAGAGAGGAGGAAUAGCUCGGUCUUCAGGAGGCCGAGUGUGGCCCAUUGA